GCAUAUUGGAAAGCUGAAAGAUUUUCUUCUGCAACACAGAAAGGACUACAUUAAUGCUUACAGCCAUAUUAUGUCUGAGUAUGUGAGGAUGACAGAUACAGAGCGUGAUCAGAUAGAUCAAGAUGCUCAGAUAUUUAUGAGGACGUGUGCAGAUGCCAUUCAUCAGCUGAGAACAGAAGCACACAAGGGUGUCCAGUCUGCUCAGGUAAAGGAGCACAGAACAGCUGUCUUGGACUUCAUUGAAGAUUACUUAAAAAGAGUGUGUAAGCUGUAUUCUGAACAAAGAGCCAUCCGAGUUAAGCGAGUGAUAGAUAAGAAGAGACUGUCCAGACUUGAACCUGAGCAGAGCAACGUGUCCAAAUCGCCUCUUUCCCCUGAAAAAUCUUUACAGAAUCCUUUAGAUGAUACUGAAGAUAAACUUUCUGCUGAGGACAGCAAAGACAGGAAUCUGCCUGAUGCCCAAAGUAACGUUGGAUUAUGGGGGGAUGGCAAAGGUGAAGAUGAGCUGUCACCUGAAGAAAUACAAAUG